AUUUUCCCCAGGGAUAGUUGAGCAAGUGAAAGAAGUAAACGCGCGUGAAAAUCGUCCCCUAUGGGGAAUUUUCAAGCACAGUAGUGUAUAUCACAUGCUCAACUGUCCUUGAGGAAAUUGAGGGGCUAUUUCUAGUCUAUCUCGGGAACAUUAACAUAAGACAACUUAGGACCUGUUCUUAUGAGGUCUCGGUUAACCAAGAUCUUGAGCUCAAAUUUUUCUGUUGUAUGAGUACGUACUUGAGCCUCGCAUGGUUCUCUCUUUAGUGAAUAUUCAUUUUUACCGAAAAACGCGUUUUGAAGCUAGUCGAGCCGUUUCCUGGUCAAUUUUGGACUAUAAACAGCCAAAAAUGCCCGAAACGUCGUUUGCAAGUCAAGCACUUCGCGGCCUUCUACUGCAGAUGCAAAAUAUCACCUUUGAAAGUUCGGACAUGCGCGGAAUGCAAAAUUUCGUGACAGCAGUCUCGACGUUUACCUUUCGUUUGUCUCUUCCCUUUUUUUCGCAUUUCUUUUCUUUUUUUGCUGGCAAAAGACCAUUUUACAGGUGUGGACUUAGUACCCUAGCCUUCGAGUGAAUGUGAGGCUGAGGUUGACGUUGUUUUGAUACAAACCUCCUUUGCUUUGUUAUGGAAGCUGUUUUUGAAAAAUACUAGUUAGCAGAAGAACAACUUGAUUUACAUAAUAAAGCAGGAAGGUUUGUAUCAAAACAAGGUCACCUCCAGCCUUGCUUCCAUCCACAACUGUAAAAUGGCCAAUGUACUCGCUUCAUAUUGGUGAUUAACGUUCUUGGUACAGCUUGGAGGAUUAGGAUUAGGUGAAGGGAAGAACAGGUGUGUAGUGGAAUAAGGGUUUCAUCGGAAUUUUACGUCAACUUUACUUGGCUUUUUUCCUUUUUCUCCGGCCUCCUUGACUUAAUCGAAUCGCACUCAUUCUCGCAUUCUUUAAGAGAUCUUUUCCCCUUGCACAAGUUAGAUCACAGAGUUAUCCUUGGCCGCUCGGACGGUUAUGGGCGGGUCAGGGUCGAGUGGGUUUAAGACGUUCAGUACUGCAGCAAAGCAAAUGGCAACUGUUUAUACUUCCGUGCAGACUAUCACGUAAACAAUUUCCUGAAAUUUCUCACAUGAACACAAACCGAGCUAGCGCGGUUAAAUGAGCCAGCCUGGUUGACCGGACCCAUAUAAACAGGCACAUACUUAGUUUUAAGCUCCUAGUGCGAUUCAAAUAGGUGAAGAGUAGGCUGCUCCGUUUCGCAAACGCUCUUUUGGCUUUUCACCCAACGAACCUCCCUGACGAACGUCUGCUGAAACGAGCAGCGUUCAUGCAGACCAGUCAGAGCUCACCUCCAGUUCCUCGAGAUGAACUUUGGUCUUUCAAAAAUAUUGCGUGGGAGUAUAGCUACAAAACGACGAUACCUUUCUAAACGUGGCAUUUUAGCUAACUUAGUUGUAUGUAAUUUGACAAAAUGGCCAAACUAAAUCAGUUCUGUAACAUACCCACGUAAAUAUUACAACGACGGCGAAAAAAAACAAACAAAAAACAACAACAACGAAAAACCCAAGGACUGUCGGAUAAUAUGAGGAAGUCAGUUAGUAAACUAAAGAAAAAAGAAUUUAUAUAUAAAAAAGGAAGUUACAAGGACGAUCACCAUUAAGUGCAAACUUCCACUAAGUUUUUCUAUAACUCAAAACAGAAAACCCUAAGAAUGACUGCACAUUGAGAAACGGGUGCAUCAUCAGGUGUCCAAACGAUCUCACCCGCUGAUUUAAAGUUAUAUUUAGGUUGGCUGGGCUUUCUUAUUUCAACACACGUUUUGCAUUUGAAUAUCCUGAUGAGUCACGAAUUCUCCAGAAUGUUACAUGCAUAUUUUGUCGUACCUUCAAUAUACCAGUUCCCAUAUGUUUAAAUUUUUACUUGGCCCUAAGGCUUGGAGGAAUAAAACAGAAGAAAGGUAUUUUUCUACUGUUCCUAAAGUUAUUGCGGCUUAUUUUAUUCCUCCAAAACUCUCGGGAUCAAAAAUAUUGUUUUUCUCCUCUGGAAUAAUGAUUUAUUCCUCUUUUUUAAUGAUACUUCUUUAUAUUUACGUAUUUUAAAACCUCUCUAAAAACCGCUGUUUUGUUUAAUUCCUUAGCACGGUGGCAGAUGGUGAAUGAGGUGACGACGUCAUUCUUCAUGAUGCAACAAACUGCUUUUAUUCAUGCUUUUCGCCUUGCAUCUUUAGAAAACUAGGGGCAGCUUAGAACGAAGGGAGAUCCAAUAAGCUAAAAGAAACCAGAUUGAAUCUCGUAGAAGACGGCUACACAGCUUAAAAGUUCCUCCACAAGCUUUUGUUAUUAGGACCGAACAAGCGAUGUUUUUGGCCUCGUUGAAAUUAACUUUGGACUCACUCUUCGAAAUAGCUUGUCAGAUUAUCGUCAAUUAAAACUAUAUCUGGUAACAAUAAACGAAAGCUAUCCAACAGUUUCGGACGCUACGCAGCUCUGACAAGGCCCCGCAGGAUUGGCUGAGAAGACAAUAAACAAACCCAAGAGAGAAUAAAAAGGUCUAUGAAAAAGACCUGUUUUCUUCUCUCGACAAAUAACAGUAACAAUGGACCCUUGCUUUAAAACAAGAGCUGCUUGCUAUUGAAUAUCCGAUGAAAUUAGAGGGUCUAAAGAGCUGCGUACUUCCAACUGGCCAAUCAGAAGCAGGGAUUCGAAAUUCAAAUGCUUGUGGAACUCGCUCACUAAGAGUGGCUUCACAGGGGUUUGCCUGUUCUUCUUGUCCCGACUACCUGCUCCUGCUUCGUUAUCAGGGUCGAAGAGACGAGUAGGAGAGGACCCUGGGAAUGAGGUUUUAGCCGCCCCUGGUUCUCCAAGGAUGGCGUUCAUGUGAAAAAUAGUCAUUACAAUAAGAGAUUUAGAAUCGCGUUUAUAGCAAACGUCAAAUUGUACCACGUGACCACGUCUUCCCUUUACUUGUCGUUUACUGUUUAUUAUUUGUACACGGGAAUAAGUUGUUUCAUGUUGCGUUCAUCCAGCAGAUUAAUUUUGGACAAUUUUUUCUGUUCAUUUCAAAUUUGAAAAGUUACCAACUUGCCCUGAACGAGACUGUAAAUCUCUCUAAUACUUCAAUGGCAUUUACUCGUGAAGGAUCAUCUUCCAUCUUUUAUUGCAUCCGUUUGUAAAUAUUAUCUGUUAAAUGCAAUUUUCUGUCAACAUAUUCGUUAACAAAACUUCGUGCUACAGGAUAUUUCUUGACAAAUACAU